ACCUGGAACCAGGGAGGGAUCAGGAGUCCAGGACCUCCCCUCCUGGUCCCUCCAUAUAAAGCUCAGGCCUGCUGAAGCCGGACCACCCUGACAAGAUGCCCUCCUCCUCCUCUUCCUCCUCCUCCUCUUCCUCCCACCCUACCAGGCUGCUCACUCUCAAGGUAAAGGUUCCUGGUCAGGGUACGGUCCUCGGCCUCGGGGGAAGGGAAUCGUUGACCGAUGCUGUAAAUCCUCCGGCUGUGAGCUUCAGUUCCUGGAGAUGUACUGCGCCAAACCCAAAACCAAGAUGAUGACAACAACAACAGCAGCAACAACAACAACACACCCCACCACGAGCACAGACCUGUUCCAGGCGGUGUUUCAGAAGAGACUCCUGGAGACCCUCGGAGCGCCCGACAGUCCCAGGAGAGACGCCUACAGGAAGAAAACACCGCCGUCAUCGUCGUUUCCACAGAGAGCUUCCUCGCCACGCAGGAGGACAAAGACGCAGCUCACAACCGGCCCGCCCACUUCGGUCUCCGUCAGCCCCCUCUGAGGUUUUCAGUCCACCAAGAUGUUGUCCUCACUGGGGGGCAGGGACACUGCUGUUUCCUGGGUUUCUCCUGAACAUUUGACUUACUUUCAUCUGGUGAAACAAAUCCUUGUUUUUCAGGCAAAGAGAAUUUACCGGCUGCAGUCAAUCAUGAUCACUAACAGGAAGUUGAGCACGAGCACUUCCUGUGUGCGAUGAGUGAAACUCUGAGUGUGAUCUCGCUGCUCAUCUUCUUUCAGAACUUUCUGUUUGACUCAAACUUUAUUUUUUUCUUCACGUUAUCUUUGUAACUGUUUUUAUUAAAAUGUUUUUACUUAUUUAUUUGUCAGUAAAGAGAAUAAAUUUGAUAAUUUUAUAACUUUUUGUUUGUUUUUGUUUUUUUGUCUUUGAACCAUUUACCUGUUAGGAGCUCUGAGUUCGUCAGGACCGUCUGAAAAUUUACAGAUUAGUCAGAAAAUAUAUUUAAUUAUUUAAGGAAUGAUUUCUCUGCUCCGCAGGGAACAAAACUCAAAUUCAUGACAAAAGAUUUUUAUUUUUCACGUUUUAAACAGAAAAAAAAAAACGAUGCUGAGUUUUCUGCUCCGAGAUAAAACAACCUUGAGCAAAGUUUAUUGUGUAAUAAUUCAUCGGUUCGAUAAACUUUAAAAUCUGUUUUCUGCCGGAGAAACGAGAUAAAAUAAAAUAUUUUCUGUAGCUUCAAAAGUUUAUCUUCACACAAUCGCCUCGUUCAGGAUUUCCUCUUUAUUGAUUAAACUGUGGGGAAAAUAAAAACACUCAGACCUGAACGUUUAGACAGUUUUAAAUGUUUAAAUUUAUAAGUUCAAAAUCUGUCCUGUGGUACAAGAUAUUUUACUAACAGACAAAAUCAAACUUUUAACUUUUGAGGAGAAAUCUGCUCGAGUGGAAAAGUGAGGUAAUUUAUUUUAAUGACACCUGGACGUGUCUCAGACGGACAUCUAUGCCUUUUUAAACUGCCGUUACAGUAUGUUAAUGUUUACAUGUGUUUGUUGACAUGUUUGCAUGUUUUUGUUUACAUGUUUACAUGUCAUCCUUCUGUUGCAGUGGGUCUUCUGAAGGUGAGUGGGGGAGGGGGGGUGAUAAGGUGGGAGGGAGGACUUUAUCCUGCGUCACUCCAGAUUAAAACGUUACUCUCCUCUCUUCCCAGGCAGCAGCUGAGCCCCCCCCCCCCACCCCCCAGCUCUCAUGGCCGUGACUGAAGCGUUGUUUUCUCAGCUCAGUGGUAACAUUUUACUCUGCAGCAGCAGCGUUAACGUCCUCUGUUCUCUCUACAGUAGCUUUUCUCUGCUGUCAGACACUUCCUGUUUGUGUGACAGGGUCAAAGGUCAAACCCUGAAACGCUGCGAGGGGUCCCCUGUCACACACCUGGAUCUGCUCAGGUCUUUUAAUUUGAAAAGGCCUUUCGACUUCCUGUUAGGGAUCAUGAUUGACUGCAGCUCCAGUUUGUCUUCUUUGUAAUAAAUUUUUAAAUGCAUAAAGAAGCAACUCAAA